AUUUUUACUCUCGAUCAGAGGGUGAUACCUAUAGCUUCUGCAGAAGCAGAUGAUAACGGAGCAUACAUUUCAAAAGGAAAUGCAAAGCGCUACUACCAAUACAGCAGCACCUCUGGGUCUCGCACAGUCCAUUUGGAAAACGGGGUGUUCUUUGCCAAUAGAAAAGCAGCAAAAGGCUACAAAAAGGAUCAUGUUCCGACCGAGGAGGUUUAUGAACUUACCAGAUAUUACAAAACGAACAAAGCCAACCCGUCAUUUUCAAGGACUUUUGUCACAGUUAAAGCAGUCAAUGAACGAGAGCCAAAACCUUGGUAUUUGGUCAUGUAUAAGUGGGCAGGUGGAACUAAAGAGUUUAUCUUGCAGCGCCAUGGUAACGCCAUGAAACCUACGGCAUCAGCUUAUUUCCGGAAAGACCCCGUAGUUUCUGAGACGAUUGACGAGUAUCUAGACCAAGGACUGUCUGUUGAUAACAUAUACGCUACAAUGUCAAAACAAGUUUGUCAAACUGUGAGUGAGACUAUCUCAGGACCAAAAAUGAUAGAAAACCGAAAGUUCCACAAGAAAGCAUCUGAAGAAACGCAGAAUACUGCUGAGAAGCACAGCGAAGCGGAAUCGUUGAUAUCGAGCCUUAAGAGUGUAUCAAGCAUAAAUACUGUGUCUUUUACGAAAACACAAUACUCGUGUAAAUAUUCCAGAACAUGUGCUAGACGAUGUACACAGAUUCUGUGUACUUGGGAACAGUAUAUUGCAAGUGGACACAACCUUCGAACUAGUUGAUGGUUUGUGGCUUACAGACACCACUUUCAGUCACGAGGCCCUGAUAAACCACCGAAACGGAAAGCACCCUGAAUUUCCGGGCCCCAGUUUCUGGCACUUUAAGAAGGACCGCGAAACCUAUCGCAGGUUUGCAGGUGAAUUAGCCAUUGCCAAGCCAGAGCUACUUAAAAUCAAGAAGGUUGGUCAUGACCUCGACAAGGCAAUAGCCAAAGGCAUGACAGAUAUUUUUGAGGAGGCUCAAAACGUGUGGUGCACACAACAAAUGAAAGAACGAGAUGCCCAAAAGCUGAAAACAAUGGGAUGUAACGAAAGGACACAGAGGAGAAUUAUGGCUGACAUCUACGGAUGUCAAGAACAGAUACUAUUGGAAAACGGUCUAGCCGACUCAGAAGACCCAGCUGACUAUGAAGCAAAGCUAGCGAGCUUGAAGGACGUCUGGGAUGGCCUGGUCCCAGGUUUUUAUGAAUGGUUUGACAAGCACCGCUCUGAACAAUUCAAGACCUGCCUCAUUUAUUCAGCUCGCCAAGAACUUGGGCUAAGCGGACGUUUCUAUACCAACGGGCUUGAAUUGAAACAUAAGCUACAAAAAAAACGCUUGCGGGAGAGCGAAGUGCCAAAAGAAGUUGCCAAAGUGACUGAAACACUGGAAGGUUGGACCAAGGAAUUCUACGCAGAAGAGGAAAGGGCCCUGAGAGGUUUGGGCAAAUAUCGCCUUGCUCCGGGAUAUGAACACUUCCUGGUCGAUCCCGUAACCUGGAAUAAAUGGGGUCCCCAGCGACAGGCGCAGCAUUUGUCGAGUUUUCGGCAAUUUACACUCAAAUCUUACAACACUUACAAGAAGCCAAGUGCUGUUGGUUUCAAGGCAGCUCCUUCAAAGAAAGUACGAAGAUGCAACCUUCCAGAGCCGGAGCUAUUUCUAACUAGAACCGAUCCAGAGGCUCAAGUGGUGACUCCCUUGCGACUCUACAAAGGCGCCAAUAAUAAUCAGUGGGAGGUAAUUGUAACUCUAUUUCCUUUACUUUUACAAUUUCAAUUGUAUGUUUAUUAGUUUUAAUUUUGUUUUUCGGUCCCUUUUAUAAUUAUCUAACCAUUCUAUUUCAGGUACUUUAUUUGCGUGUAUUUUUGGGUUUUUUUUUUUCGUUUGUUAUUUUCGUCAUCGUAAUAUUGGUCGUGUUGUGUUUCUCACCAACUUUUUAGUAACACUGCAGCAUAAUAGGAAAUGGAUACCUAGACGGCCCGUCAUUAUGGGAAUCACGAGUAGGAUGAAAUAGGCCCUUGUCGUGAAAAUCAAUAGGUCCUUUUGUGGAAUAAUGUGAGUGACGGAAACCUUUUUUCUUGUAGGUUACAAAAAGCUCGACCAAAGGUCCUGCGCUGGAUUGCUUGGACCCGGAGAGAAUUACUGGAAAACAGUACCAGUUAGUGAGCAGGGACGACCACAAACUUUGCCCCAAGAGUGUCCAGCGAUGCGAACAGUGUAGGACAGCGUUUAAUUUGACAGACAAGGUGAUAGUGAAAAGUGUGGGAAUUAGAGAACGUAUAGAAAAGACCGGCAAAGUAGUCAAAUACUCGGGUAAUGUUUACUUCCAUUACCUCAAACAAUGUCUCAAGGAGUACGACCAAAACUUUUCUUUUUCUGCCAUUACUGUGCCUGCCCGUACCCUUCCAUUUCUUCCUGAAGGAGGGCAGGCAGUACUAGAAGCCAAAGGGCUCAUUAUAGAGAAGUAG